AUGUUUCUAAUUUCCACGCUCUUUACAAUUUUGCUGCUUUGGGGUUGCGUUUUCGCGGAACAAUGGAGGCAAGUAUGGGUAUUGGGGAAAUAUGAGGGUACAAUCGAGGGCUCCAAGAAAUUCUCUGACGGAGAAUCAACGACAUGGCUAAUCAAUUGUGUUAAUUCCGUUCCCGGCUGUACUUUUCCUCGGAAUCUCAUGUUAACAGAAAGUUCGGUAGCUAUAAGUUACAACUAUACACUCAAAAAUAACUGUUCAUUUAAUGCUGCGUGUAGACUUGACAAAGCCGCUCCAUCGGGCGACUGCGUUCUUACUCUACAGUCUGGUUCAAGCUCUAGCACGAAGUCAACUCGAGUAGGUUCUGAGGUCUUAACCCGAGCUACUAUGCUCGUUGUCGCUGGACCUGGCGAAACUAGUACCACUGUUACUAGUACGACUCAUACUAGUACCACUAUUUCAAGCACCGCUGAUUCAAGCACUACUGCUUCAAGCUCAUCAACUGCUGAUAUCUGUACCUCAAGCUCAUCAACAGUUAUUAAUCCAAGUUCAUACAAGAAAUUACCUUCAUUUUCUCAGGGUUCUACCAUAAUCUUUUCCCCAAACCGAACAGGCACAGCAAUUACAGGCAGUGUUUUCGACUCGCGUCCAGUCAGGACAUCAUCAAAAGACUUUCCUGUACCCACAAGCAUCAGCAAAGGUGACACUAUUCAGAACUCCAUAAGUACCGUGGGAGCUCUUAUAAUUAUUCUCUCCAUCCUGAUUCUAUGA